CUUUAUUUCUCUCUCUUUAUAUUUAUUCGUUUUGCCCCCUUUCUACCGCUUGCCCUAAACUCACACACAUCUCUUCAAAACCCAUCAAUCAAUCUCUUUGAUCUGCUCUGAGCGUUGAAGGUUAACUCAUUAGACAUGCAAUGAUUGUUCAAGUUAAUGGUCUAAACCUAGCUGCUAAAUGAAACAGCUAGAUCCUAAAAUGAAGAAUAAUGAAUCUUCAACGAGCGAUGUAAUAAAUGGAAAUUGGGUUUUGAAGCGCAAGCGGAAAAAGAUUGUCCCUGUCAAGUCAAAUGGCAACAAAACCAUAUCUAUACCAGUAGAGUCUCAUACAAGCACUUCAUCUAAAUGCAAAGUUAAAAAAGAAGACUCGUCAGAUACCUCACCUUCAAAAAAGAAAGGAAAUGCCGGGUCUGAUUAUAACUGCGUCAUAUGUGCUCAUGGUGGCGACUUGCUCUGCUGUGAUGGAUGCUCGGAAAAUUAUCAUAUUUCAUGCCUCGAUCCGCCUCUUAAGCGAAUCCCAAAUGGCACGUGGCAAUGUCCAAACUGCUGCUCAGAAAAUAAUAGAGUUGAGGUGAAUGACAAACCUGCUUCUACUUCAAAAAAGGCAAGAACAAAGCUUACGAUUGGUAAAUCUAAGGGUGAAAGCAAAUCUGCAAAAUCUGAUGAGGUAUCUCGAAUUUUGAGGAGCACGGAUAUUAGGAACAAAAAGUCAUCAAGAAAAGCAAGAUCACAUGUUUCAUCCUUGGAUGGCUCUUCAGAAAGGAGCACAUCAUUGAAAGAAAAGGCGGCCAUGGAGUUGGAGAAAAAUGAAGAACAUCCCAAAAAGAAGCGUAAUAAGGAUCAAUCUAAAGAAAACAAAGCUGUUCCUGCUGAAGAUUCCAAGAAAAGGAAGAGAAAUGCUCCUUCAGAUGACGUGGAGAAAGAAUCCCAAGAUCAGGAUAAUUCUAAUUUAGGAAUUAGUGAAACAAGGAAAUCUCAAAGAAUUCGGAAGCCAGUUAAGCAUCUAAAGACCAAGUCUUUAUCAAAAAAUGGCAUGGGAAGUAAGAUUGGUGAUACCCGGAUGAAAGACAAGAUAGAACCCAAAAAAGGAGCAAAUACGUCAACCGAAUCAAAUGAAGCAGGAAACGUUGCUGAAUUGCUCAAGCAUUCUAUACAUGCCCAGCACAAUAUGCAACAAGUUGAUCGGAUUUUGGGCUGUCGAGUGCAAUGUGGUGAAAGUAAAUCUGAAGUCUCUGCGUCCGAGAUUAAAGAAAUCCCACAAAGUUUAGUGACGCUUGACAACAAAGAUGGAGAACCAGAGAAGAACCCAACAACUCUGGAUGUUCAAGAUGUCAGAAUCCUGACUGAGGUCAACAAGAAUAUCGAGAGCAGUCCAAAUCAAAUGGUUAUCGAGAACAAUACAGGCUUAGAGAAGAUAAAUGAACCUGUGGUCAGUGAUUCAACCGGUCAAGCCGCCGAUGAUCUUGGAUCUAUAUUGAUAGAUGAGAGAAAUAAUAGUGAUUCUGCUUUGACAUCAGAAGAUCUGGCAAAAUCAACUGAAAAGCUUCCAAUUGGGGACAACACUGAUGUUAUUGUAGAUGAUAAGAAGCUGGAUUCAGCUAACUGUAGCACAUCUGUAUCGAAUAACGAAAAGAUAGUAGUAUCGUAUGAGUUUUUAGUUAAAUGGGUCGGAAAAUCUAAUUUACACAAUAGUUGGGUAUCUGAAUCUCAGUUGAAAGUUUUAGCCAAGAAGAAACUUGACAACUACAAGUUUAAAUACGGGACAACCGUGAUAAAUAUUAGUGAAGAACGUUGGAAGGUACCACAACGGGUGAUUGCCAUGCGUUCAUCAAAUGAUUCAACAGAAGUACUUGUAAAAUGGACUGGUCUUCCUUAUGAUGAAUGCACUUGGGAAAAGACAGACGAACCCGUGAUUGCAAAAUCUUCACAUCUUACUGAUUUAUUUAAUCAAUUUGAGUCCCGGACAGUUGAAAAAGAUGCUUUAAAUGAUGAAAUUAUUAGGGGAAAAGGGGAUGUAGAUACAUUAACCGAACAGCCUAAAGAUUUGGGUGGUUCGUUAUUUCCACAUCAACUUGAAGCAUUAAAUUGGUUACGAAAAUGCUGGCACAGAAGUAGAAACGUAAUUCUUGCUGAUGAAAUGGGGCUUGGCAAAACAAUUUCUGCCUGUGCGUUUCUAUCAUCAUUAUACUUUGAGUUUAAAGCUCGAUUACCCUGUCUGGUUUUAGUUCCUCUUUCCACAAUGCCUAAUUGGAUGUCGGAAUUCUCACUAUGGGCCCCAAAUUUGAAUGUUGUGGAGUAUCAUGGGUGUGCACGUGCACGAGCAUUGAUGCGACAGUAUGAAUGGCAUGCAAAUGAUGUAGAUUCAAAUAAACAAACAAACAGUUUCAAGUUUAAUGUUCUUUUGACUACAUAUGAAAUGGUUCUUGCUGAUUCAACCCAUCUACGUGGGGUCCCAUGGGAGGUUCUAGUAGUUGACGAGGGUCAUCGAUUGAAGAAUGCAAGUAGUAAGCUUUUUGGAUUGCUUAACACCUUUUCCUUCCAGCACCGUGUCCUAUUGACUGGAACGCCCUUACAGAACAACAUCGGGGAAAUGUACAAUUUGUUGAAUUUUUUGCAGCCAACUUCAUUUCCAUCUUUAUCAGCAUUUGAGGAUAGAUUUAAUGAUCUUUCAAGUGCUGAAAAGGUUGAUGAAUUGAAGAAACUUGUCGCGCCACAUAUGCUUCGGAGACUUAAAAAAGAUGCCAUGCAGAAUAUACCCCCGAAAACAGAGCGGAUGGUUCCGGUUGAGUUGUCUUCUAUCCAAGCUGAAUAUUAUCGCGCUAUGCUGACCAAGAAUUAUCAAAUAUUGAGAAACAUUGGAAAGGGUGUUCCUCAGCAAUCGAUGUUGAAUAUAGUGAUGCAGUUACGGAAAGUUUGUAACCAUCCUUAUCUGAUACCGGGAACUGAACCAGAAUCCGGAUCGGUUGAGUUUCUUCAUGAUAUGCGAAUUAAGGCAUCUGCAAAGUUGACUUUGUUGCAUUCCAUGCUUAAGAUCCUGAACAAAGAAGGUCACCGGGUGCUCAUUUUUUCACAAAUGACAAAACUUCUAGAUAUUCUUGAGGAUUACUUGAACAUUGAAUUUGGGCCGAAAACAUUUGAGAGAGUUGAUGGUUCGGUUUCGAUUGCUGAUCGCCAAAUGGCGAUUCAACGAUUUAAUAACGACAAGAGUCGGUUUGUAUUUUUGUUAUCCACAAGAUCUUGUGGGCUUGGCAUCAACUUGGCAACUGCUGACACUGUUAUAAUCUAUGAUUCUGAUUUCAACCCGCAUGCUGAUAUCCAGGCAAUGAAUCGUGCACACCGAAUCGGCCAAUCAAAACGGCUUCUUGUGUAUAGACUUGUAGUUCGGGCUAGUGUUGAGGAAAGAAUCUUGCAAUUAGCAAAGAAGAAAUUGAUGCUCGAUCAGCUUUUUGUGAACAAAUCAGGGUCACAAAAGGAGGUUGAGGAUAUUUUGAGAUGGGGCACUGAGGAACUUUUUAAUGAUUCUCCCUCUACACAAGUUGAGAAAGAAGUAGGUGAAAACAAUGUUAACGAUGUGGAUGAAAGUGUAGCUGUUGAACGCAAGAAUAAGAGGCGGGUUGGGGGUUUGGGAGAUGUCUACCAGGAUAAGUGUACAGAUGGGAAUUCCAUGAUCACAUGGGAUGAAUCUGCUAUUAUGAAGUUGCUUGACCGGUCCAAUAUUGAAUCCGUUUCAACUGACAAUAAUGAAGGUGAUCUAGAAAACGAUAUGCUUGGCUCCGUGAAGUCUCUGGAUUGGAAUGAUGAAUUAACCGAAGACCAAGCAGGAAGCGAUUCGCCUAUGGAUAUACUUGAUGAUGCUACUGCCCAGGAUAUUGAAAAGAAAGAGGAUUGUUCAAGAAAUGUUGCAGAAGAAAAUGAAUGGGAUAGGCUUCUUCGAGUCAGAUGGGAGAAAUACCAAAGUGAGGAGGAAGCUACUCUCGGUAGAGGAAAAAGACAAAGAAAGGCUAUUUCGUAUAAGGAAGCAUAUGCUCCACGGCCUAUUGAGCCGCUUGAGAAUGGUGGUGAUGUGGAGCCAGAGCCUGUACGUGAAUAUACACCAGCUGGGCAAGCCCUUAAAACUAAAUUUGCUAAGCUUCGAGCAAGACAAAAGCUAAGGUUGGCUCAGGUGAAAGCUAUCAGAGAAUCCCUUCUCACCGGCGGUCCUGGUUUAGUGUGGAGAUCAGAUCAACCAAUAAAAGAGAAGCCCAUGACAGAAGACAAACCAACUAGCAAGGGUCGGGAUCGACUAUUACUACCAGUUCUUGGACUACGUGCUCCAAAUGCAGAACUAGCGGAGUCAUCUCUGAGGAACAUUUCUAAAUCAUCCAGAAAAAACAAACAUGUUAUGAAUCACGAAUUCCCGUUUCACCUAGCACAAACGACUUCGAAUGAUGCGGAUGUCAAACCUCAUGGAACCAACGACACCUUGUCUGACAGACAUGUACCAAUAUUCAAUUCGCAGGUUGCUUCAGAGACCUCUGGUGACGAUUUAUCUCGCAGUAACGAAAAGAUGGGCUUGCCUAAGUUACCAUUUGACGAAUCAUUUUUGUCCAAGUUUAAUUUUUCAGUAAAAAACCUCGGUCAACACCAAGCUGACUUUUUCCCGAAUUUAACUUUAGGGAGAUCAGUAGGAGGAGAGUCGAGUGUGCCUCUUCAAGAUUUCAGUCAAAUACCAUUCUUGCCAAAUUUUAGAUUUCCACAGCAAGAUAUGGAAACUAUGCAUCUCCCAUUGAUGGGCGUGGGUCAAAUGCCAUCUUCUCUUCCUGAAAACCACAGGAAGGUUCUAGAGAACAUAAUGUUGCGAACUGGUUCUGCAUCAGGGAAUUCACUCAAAAGGAAGCUUGUCAAAGACUUUUGGUCUGAAGAGGAACUUGAUUUUUUGUGGAUUGGCGUUCGUAGACACGGGAGGGGUGGUUGGGAGACUAUGUUGCGGGACCCAAGACUGAAGUUUGCUAGAUUUAGGACUGCGGAUGACUUGGCUGCAAGAUGGGAAGAGGAGCAGAUCAAGGUCUUAGAAAUGCCGACUCAAAAGCAAUCCAGUGGUUCAAAAUCUGGAAAAUCUCCUGCAUUUCCAAACAUUUCUGAUGGAAUGAUGAAACGGGCUUUGCAUAGAAGUCGGUUUACUAAUGCUCCUACUUUUCCAGCCCAUUUGAUGGAUAUGAAAUUGGCACUGGACGGUCCUUCCACAUCUAUGGAAAAUCAAGAUCCACGUGGCUUCCAACCUGACAUAUUCACAACUUUUCCAACAUGGAUUCCAGACAGGUUGCGUUCUAACUUUAAUGGAGGAUCAUCAACCGAACCAGUUCUUCCGAAUCAGUUUACACCUGCUAGUUUAGGGUCGCUUGAUUUGAAUGGGUUGGGAGUUAGUGAUUUACAGCGAAAGGAGGAAGAAAAACAUGUAAAUGGGCGUUUUAAAAUGCCAGAAUUUGUUAAUAACGAGUCUCAUUCAAAGAAUGAAGUUGGCGGGAGUAGUUCUUCAGAGAACACUAAACUUCCACAUUGGCUUCGGGAAGCAGUGAGUGUUCCAGCUCGAUCCCAAGAACCCCAACUGCCACCUACUGUUUCUGCAAUCGCACAUUCGGUGCGUUUGCUAUAUGGAGAUGAAAAUCCAACUAUUCCUCCAUUUAUUGCUCCUGGCUCACUCCCUUUGCCACCUAAAGAUCCUCGCCAGAUUGUGAUGAAGAAGAAAAGCAGCAGCUCACAUGGAGUGCUCUACCAGCAACCGCCGCCAGAUAGUGAUCAUGAUGCUACUACUUCUGGAAGCAAUUUGGUGGCACCACCACCAAAGCUUCCAGAAUCAGUAUCAAAGCCAUCUUGGGCCGAAACGGACCUCAAUGCUCCACCACCUGUUAGCCAAGACAUGCUUGAACUGUCGGAACCAGAAACGGAACCAACCUUGCUUGGAAGCAUUGGCACAGCAAUGGAAAUGGGCCCAACAAAAGAGGGAGUGACUGAGGAGUUAAGCAAGAGCCAGGUGGAUCAGACAAUUCAGGAGGUUUCAUUAGAAGAGACAGUAUCGGACCAUGAAUCUUGAAAAGUGCGGCCCUAUUUUUGUAGGCGUAUGCUGCAGUUAAGUAGCAACAUAUAGGUUUUCUUUGUUUUGUAAAACUGUGUAUGAAAAGUUGGUGAAAUAUAUGAUAGACUGUACAUCUGUGGAUUUCAGGGAGGUGUUUCGCCCCAGCCAGUACUCAAGUAGUGGACUUUUAAAACAUAAUUUUUAUACAUUUUUACAAAUA